UGCUACACCCAAGCACAUCUUUUGUAAGAAUUCUGAGAUGUAUCCGAGUCAAUACUGGUACUAGUAGGUGGCCAUAACUGAGACUCACCGUGGAUCCCAGUGUUCGUGAGACCUCCGACUUUCGUUGAACCAGUUAUCACGUGUUUUGUGCAUCUAUCGCGUCCGAAUCUGCAACUUGCAUAGUUGUCCAUCAUAGUAUGGACCCUUUCACUCCACGAACGCGUCCAGGAGGCCGCAAGAAGAACCUUGGUUUGUCUGCAAAAGAGUACAGCAAGGUACGAGUCUCCCGCUCAAGGGAGAUCGUUCUCGAUCGUACUUUUUACAGAUUAGUCCUUUCGAGACCUAACAGAACGGAUGGUGCCCCUCGUCACUCACUACACUGCUAUCUCCUCUUUUGUAGAGAGUCGCAGCCACCUCUAUUUUAGGCUUGUCAAUCUUGCGCUCUGCGCUGCUAUCCGGGCAUGCUCAAGGACUACCAAACUCUCCUCUCUCAACUCGAACAUGCAUUCAAUACCUUGCCGCAAUUUGGUAUACAGAAACU